CAUCCUUUGUCAACGGACGUCUCCUAUAUGGGUUAGAAGAUGGACGCUGUCGUGGACGCUAAUCGUACUUCAUAGCCGGGGAGUCAUGGAGAAGGCAAUUACCCCCCCACCUCAGAAACAACCUCCCACCCUUUUACCGCUGAAUGCAUUUGUCUAAUGAGAGACUGCGGCAACGUUAAAGGGGAUGUGAUGAUACAACAAGGGUGGUUUUGUCACAGAAAGACUGUAUAAUUUCUCUUUUUAUUCUUGGCUCCAAAUGAGUGCACCCGCAGCGACGGUGCAGCAGCAAGCAGACGGGAACGACGACGACGACGGCGGUGAAAUGCAAGCGGCCGCGGUGGCACCAUCCUCCUUCAUGCAGGUCCAGUCGGGCAAGAUUCCGGGCAGGAAGCGAGGCAGACCCCCGCUGCGCAGUGUGACCAAGAUAGAUUUCGCCAACCGCUACGCCGACUCGCUGCCGCCACUCAAAGUGCCGAAGAAGAGGGGCAGGAAGCCGGGAUUCAAGCUGAAACCCAGAAUGGUGAUGACGCCGUUGGCCAUCUCGCCGCCCAGCAGCACCCCCGAGCCCGACAUGAGCUCCAUCCCUCAAGACGCCGCCACAAUCCCCCACUCGGCCACGCCGCAGGUGCUCACAGUGUGCAUCUACAUCAACAAGCAGGCCAACACGGGCCCGAACCUGGACCGGAAGAAGAUCCAGCAGCUGCCCGAUCACUUCGGACCUGACCGGCCGUCGGUGGUGCUGCAGCAGGCCGUGCAGGGAUGCAUCGACAGCGCCUUCCAGCAGAAGACCGUCUUCACGCUGCUCACGCAGGGAUACGGGGGAGAGAAGAUCUCGGCCACAUUUGACGGCAAGCAGCACCUCCUGAGCCUCCCUGUGGUGAACAGCAUCGACUACGUGCUGCGCUUCCUGAAGAAGCUUUGUCGCAGCCUGCACUGCGAGAACUUGUUUAGCGACCAGCCCAUCAGCCAGCGUGCCUCCUACCACUCGGACGUGGAAACGUCUCUGGCCGAGGAUUACCGGCACGAGCAGGUCGACGGGAAGCGCUACCCGGUGGCGGAGCACAGAGAGUCCGCUUUCAACUCGAUCAGCUCCUCCUCGUAUUCGUCUUUGCCAAAGUCCUCCUACGGCUUCCGCGCAUCGCAGCAGUUCUCCAACGCGCCGGUCGCCUCCAGGCCGUCGCCGAGCAGCCCCGGCGCCUUUGUGGAAAGCAACAGGACAGGUGGGUAUGCCGCACAGGAGUCCAAGGCCCCGCCCCCCGGCAAGGAUCCGUCCACGUGGAGCGUGGACGACGUGGUGUGGUUCGUCCGGGACGCCGACGCCAACGCCCUCGGACCUCACGCCGACGUCUUCAGGAAACACGAGAUCGACGGUAACGCGCUGUUGCUGCUCAAGAGCGACAUGAUCAUGAAGUACCUCGGCCUGAAGCUGGGGCCCGCCCUCAAGCUGUGCUACCAUAUCGACAAGCUCAAGCAAAGCAAGUUGUAGGAUCAUCGCACCUGAUUGGUCCGUUGACAGGAACUCUCGGAAGAAAACGGGCACAGUAGGCUCACUGUUGUAGCUGCUGACUGGGUCAAAUCGAGGAGGAAACAAUGAAUGACUGUUAAUGAAAACCCCUUUCACACUCCCUGGAAAAUACUUUUUUUUUUUUUUGUCUUUGCGUUUUCUUGGCUGUUCGCGAUAAACAACGCUGACAUGGAAUGGAGGAAGAAAGCUCGGACUGAACAAUUUUGAAUAUUAGUCCAAUUGGAAAGAAGUCCGUUAAUCAUAAUACACACAAAUAAGUGGCUAUAUCACUUUAA